UUAAAAUUCGAAAAGUAAAAGUGAACCAAACAGGGGAGGCAAAUUAAUAUACAGUGGAACUUCCAUAACUCGAACUACUAUAACUCGAAGUUCUCCAUAAUUCGAACUCUUGAAUUGGCAAUAGAAGUAAAAUUUCAUAUAAAUUACCUUCCGUAACUCGGAAGUCUCUAACUCGAAGCUUUUUUUUUGGAUUAUAGUGAUUCGAGUUAGAGAAGUUCCACUGUAUAUGUAUUCUUCAAUCGUGGUGAAAUUAAGACAUCCAACUAUUGUAAAAGUAAAAGUCAUCGCCUAUAGAGAGUCAUAAUACAGAGAAAGCACUCAAGGAGAAGCAUAUUACUCGCAGCGUUUAGUUCUGAAAUAUAUUCAUAAAUAAAACUGGCUUUAUUGUCAUUUUAUCAACAGAAAUCUCUCAACAGCAGUCAGUAACCGCACUCAAAGUUGGAUAUAUCUCAACAAACUAUUUUCUUCCGUCAAGUAAAUUAAAGUAUCCAAAUGGCUUCUAUACUGGACCUACCGGAUGACUGCUUGAUACAGAUUUUCAAAAAGUUGGGCUGCUUGUGGCAGGUGUCCUGGAGAGGUGUGUGUAAACGAUUUAAACAUAUCUAUAUCCGAUAUUCUUACAAUUCGAUGGAAGUAAACAGCGAAAUGGCGACAAAUUAUGGUCAUCUCAUGGGCACCGACGACUUUCUGCUGCGAAGUAUAAAGAGACUUUAUCUGACAGAGUCAAGUUGUACGAAAAACUUUCUAAAUAAAUUACGCGAAUGCCAUAAAGAGAUAGAAGAGGCGAAACUCAAUUCUUUCAACGAUGAGUAUUUGAAGGAAUUGUUGCCAUUACCAAAUCUGAAGAAACUGAUCUGCUUCGACUCUUAUAAUUUGAGAGGUGAAAGCUUACUGGAACUCAACAGUCUCACGGAGCUGCACAUAGACACUGAUAUGUUUUUUGAUCCGGAAAACAUGCUGCAAAUAACAUAUUACAAUCCACUGCGGACGCUUGUAAUGCUCAGCGAUCCACAGAUGUUUUCGAAUAGAUACGCCUUUGAAAUGUUCGAAAACCUUAAAAACGUCGAAAGACUCGUGAUAGAAUUUAACCCUUAUAAAUCCUGGCAACUGGUCGGCACUUUGCCGAAACUGAAAAUACUAGAGAUUUUCGAUUUCGUCAGUGAUAAGUGUGAGACGUGCUUAGAGGACCCGAAUUUACAACAGACAGAGCAACACGCAGAGCAACAUGCCACGAUCUUCUUUGACGAAUUGCGUCGAAGGAAUCAGUUGGAAGAAUUGGCAUUUUAUUACGAUUUGGUGAAUUUGGAAGAGCUACACCUUCUCCAAUGCGAUGACAUAUAUGCGGAGCCUUUACUAGAGCUAAUAAGAUGUUGUAAGAAACUCAAAGUUCUGCUUCUCAGGAGUGUUGAUGGCGUAACUGCGGACUUUCUUACGGAGGCAAAUGAUAUCUUAAGUCGCAGACAACCGACACCACUUGAGCCUUUGACAAUGGAAUUUGCCGAGGAAGAUGAACAUUUGAAGCUAAUCAAGUUUGCAAUGCCGCUUCCAUUUCUACGAUUUAUAAGAAUAAGGUUUAGUUUUGCUGGUCAAGAAGAAGUCGACUUAAGAGAGGAGGACUAUCUGGUCAACAUUUAUGUUUCAAAUGAUCGCGACAAGGGAUUUUUCUAUCCUGAACAGGCAGACUGUUCAAGAGGAAUUUCAAAUUAUGAUUACCAGUACUUAAACUGAGAACACGACAAGGAGCGGAGAUGAAUUUUAACGGUUUAAAUAACGGUUCAAGAGUAAUGAACAAAUUAAAAUAAAUGUGAUAUGAUUAAAUUUUUCGAAAUCAAUAAUUUUCUAUAAAAUGAAGUUGUUUUACUCAUUAAUACAGCUCUCACGCACGUUUCACCUUUUACAUUAGAAAACUUGAGCAAGACAUUUAUUGUUGUCAAAUGUUGUUUGUGCCUCCAUCACAUGCAACUUUCCCACCAACAACAAAAUUGUAUAAAUAACAAGGUGCAAGCAAACAAAUCGCCAUCAGCAACCAUUCGCUGAUCUAGGUUUACCGUUCGAUACGAGACAGGA